UUGACAGGCUAUACCCACAUCCUCGUUAUUAAUGUUGUUGUUUCUAAACCUCAUCACAACAACUCAUUACACUUGCUUCAUCUACUUGUUCUCUUCAUCCUUCAUCAUCUUCACCUCCAAAUUCUAAUUCAGAUCCAAAAAGUUCUCAAUUCAUGACAAAUUGAACCCAGAAUGCUUCAACGAUGAGGUAAUUUCUUCACAAUGAGAGUUUUCAACCCAUCCAGCUUGGGUAGUACAAUCUGCUGGUAUGAGCCAUCACAGAAGAAGAGAGUUCCAAGAAGGGUCUGGUUAAGCUUCCAAUCAUCAAUGGGUGUCCUCGUGGGUGGAAAUCACACAUCAUCCAGGUUUUGCACUCGCUAAAUUCUUCUCCCUUUUCCCCCUCCGGCUUUCAAUUUCAACAAUCUUCAAACAAUUCUCAACUCAAACCUCUUUCAACAAAAAACCCUAAUUCCUCAAUUUCAUGGAGACGAAAACCCUGAAAUUCCAGAUCCUCAAUGGGUCCAUAGCGAGGCGCGUGUUCCUCCGCUCAAUCGUCCUCGCCUCUGCAAUCACCAUGGUUACUCUGCUCCGAGCUCCGGUGAUCUUCGAUUUAGGAACCCUAGUUCUCAAUUUGGGUUCGGAAAACGCCACCGCCGUGAGCCCCGGUUCCUAUUUGUUUAAAACGCGUUUCUGGGGCUCCGGGAAUUGCGAGAAAGAUUUCAACUUGACAGUCAACGUGGUCAAUGAGCUUAUGGGUAAGCAGUUUUUGGUUGACUGUGGAGCAGAGAGUCUCUGCAUUGGAGAAGGGUCAUCAAUGGCUGUUACGGCAAUGAAACAGUUGGGAUUCUCCAGUGUCAGAGGUGUGAGUACUCACAGAUUCUUCUCUCUCAAGCAGAGGAAGUUCGUGUUUGAGCUCGAUUACGAGGACUCUUCUUUCGAUUUCGUGUUGUCUAGGGACAUGGACAAGGUUUCUGUCCCUGCUUUGCUUGUGCUUGAGGCUGAGCGAGUCCUUAAGCCUGGUGGAAUUGGUGCUCUGCUUGUGAGCUCCACUGGUUCCCACCCCAAUGAUUUGAUAAGGUCAGCUACUCCUGUUUCAUCAUUGUUGAGAUCUUCAAGUGUUGUGCAUGUGGGUUCUUUCAGUGAAUUGAACCUGGUGGUUUUCAAGAAAAGAUCUGAGAAUGUUAGCUCCUUCUAUCAGCAUGGUUUACCAGCUGAUUGUCCAAGCCUCACCCUCACCAAACCACUGAUAGAUCUGAUGGAGCCUAUUCUGGGUGAAAAACCACCUCCUGAGAGUGAGAUAAAGAUCAACUAUUUGCCUAAGUUUGUGGAUGUUUCUACAAGGAAGCGUUUGGUGUAUAUUGAUAUUGGGGUUGGGGAGUUUCUGAAUGCAAAUGUGAGUGAUUGGUUCCUACCAUCGUAUCCCAUUGAUCAGAAAGCUUUCAAUGUGUAUUUUGUUCACUACAACACUUCCAUGCUCUUGUCCUAUGUUAAGAGACCCGGUGUGACCUUUGUCUAUCACCCUGGAUUGGCUGGUGAGGUUUCGGAGGCAUAUGCUACAGAUGGAGAUUUGGAUCCUUAUCUCGGGGAGGAUGAGUUUGAUUUUGUUGCCUGGUUCAAAGAAACUGUGCAGUAUGCAGAUUUUGUUGUGCUGAAGAUGAAUGCAGGGAAAGUUGAACUCAAGUUCCUCUCGGAUAUCUUUGAGACUGGAGCUAUAUGCUUUGUUGAUGAGUUGUUUCUCAGGUGUCCUGAGAAAGGAAAUUAUGAUAAAACCAUGACCAAAAAGGAAAGCUGCAUUGAUCUUUACAAGGGUCUUAGGAGCAAUGGUGUCUAUGUCCAUCAAUGGUGGGGAGACUAAAUUGCUUACUAAACUGCUGAACUCUUUGAUGAUUAUGGUGUAAUUUGGAUUAUAGUCCAAUUAUCUUGUGUGUUGUGUUGUUUUAUGUAUGUUUUUAUGUAGGAUGCUAUGAACAUCCAAGUGCUUUGUGGUUGGGCGCUAAAUACUAAAUAAGCAACCAUUGUUGUUGUGAUUUGCUAGUAAAAUCUGUGUACUGCUCUCUUUUUGUUAAAGUUUGGUGGUUGAUAUA